AUGAGAUGUAGAUCAUUAAUAUAUGAUGAUGGUGCAAUUAAUGUUACUUCUAUAGCAAUUUCACAUAAUGGAGAAUAUCUUGCAUGUGGAUCAGAUGGUGGAAUAGUUAAUUUAUAUGAUUGGAAAUCUUUUGAAAAAGAUUCUCAUCCAAAACCACUUCAUACAUUUAAGAAUCUUGUUAAUGAUUGUAACCAUCUUGUUUUUAGAAAUGGUCUUCUUUUAAUGUCAUCUUCAAAAGGAGAUAAACAAAUAAGAAUUGCUAAUGUUCAACAAAGAAUUGUUUAUUCUAAUUUCCCUGGAUUUUCUAAAUUUGGAAGAAUUCAAGAAAUAGACCUUUCUCCAAAUGCUCGUUAUUUAGCAUUUGGUAAUUCAACAGGAAAUGUAAGUCUUGUGAAAUUAACUGAUAUGCCAGGUUAUUGA